AGCCGGUGCAGCUGUCCGCGCGUCCCGGAGCCCAGGGAGUGGCGGAGGCUGCGGAACCGCCGAGCUGUGCAGCCGGAGCGGGAGGAUGCGCACGGGCCCCGCGUCGUAGACAAUGAAGCCGCGGGCGCCGCCGCCCGCCCUGGGCCCUGCGCACCGCGGCCGCACCUGCCGGCGAGAGCGCUCUCGCGCCUGACCGGCCGCCUCGCCUGGCCCCGCCGGCCCAUGGCUCGGGGCCCCGGGCCCGGACCCCGGCACUCGGGCGGCGCGGCGCACGGGCCGGCGGGUGCCAGGGGCGCCGUCCCUGCAGCCUGAGUGCGGCCCUCGCGGUGAGCGGGGGGGCGUGGGCCACACUCCCGGCCUGCCUGCCCUCCCCGCUUGGCCCGGCGCCCUCCCGGCCCGCGGGCUCGCUGGAUGCGGCGGGGCCCCAGCGCGCGGGCGACAUGUACUUGUUGGACGGCAGUGGCGAGCCCGCGUCGCCACCCGCGGACGCGAUGCCGCGCGGAACGCCCCCCAGAAAGACUGUCUACCGCAUCUCCGUGACCAUGGUCAGGAAGGAGCAGCUGGCCGCGCCGGGCUCCGCCGGCCCGGACCCACGCCCGGCUCGGCGGCCCCGGCCCGCGCGCUCCCCGGACGCGCCCGGGAGGCUUGAGGAGGAGACCGAGGAGGCGGAGGGUGCCGAGGAACCGGACGGUCCCCGGCCGCGCGCAUGGGAUUUCCGUACCUUCCGCACCCGCAGCACCGGGCAGCUGGAACUGGGGCGGCUCCGGCCGUGCGCACGCGGCCUGGAGCCCGCGGACCUGGCCGGCAGCCCCCCGGCCGAGGAGGAGGGACGCGGCUCGCCCGCGCCCGGCAGCCCCGACGUGGAGGGGGCCCGGGCCGCGCCCCUGCGGCGGAGCCUGAGCUUCAGGCACUGGAGCGGGCCUGAGACGCCGCAAGGCCGGACACUGGGCGGCGGAAGGCGCCACAGCAGCUCCGGGAGCCUGGCCUGGGCGCCGUGCGACGAGGCCGCGUCCGGGGCCACCCUGGAGCCCGCGACCGCCACGCAGCCCGCCUCGGAGAAGCGCAACACCCUGGACGUGGGCGAGGUGCUCAGCAAGAACGACGCGCUCUCGGACCUGGAGCGUUGGGAGCGCAGUAAGAGCAAGAACCGCACGCUGGACAACAGCGACCUGCAGCGGCUGGAGCGCGCGCGGGCGGCAGCCGGGGCCGGCGCGGCCUCGGAGCACCGGCUGCUGCGCUUCUUCAGCGGCAUCUUCGCGCGCAGGGACGGGGGCCCGGGCGGCGGGCCUUCGCUACGGAGCGGAGCCUCGCGGCCGCGCGGCUACUUCAGCCUGCGGCGGGCCCCGGCCGAGGCGCACUCGUCCAGUGCCGAGAGCAUCGACGGUUCCCCGCGCAGAGAUGCCUUUGUGAACAGCCAGGAAUGGACGCUGAGUCGAUCUGUCCCGGAGCUCAAAGUGGGAAUUGUGGGUAACUUGGCCAGCGGCAAGUCUGCCCUGGUGCACCGGUACCUGACGGGCACAUAUGUCCAGGAGGAGUCUCCGGAAGGUGGCAGGUUCAAGAAAGAGAUUGUCGUUGAUGGACAGAGCUAUCUACUGCUGAUCAGAGAUGAAGGGGGCCCCCCGGAGGCGCAGUUUGCCAUGUGGGUGGACGCUGUUAUAUUUGUCUUCAGCUUGGAGGAUGAAAUAAGUUUCCAGACCGUUUACCACUACUACAGUCGAAUGGCCAACUAUCGGAACACGAGCGAGAUUCCUCUGGUUCUGGUGGGAACCCAGGAUGCCAUAAGUUCUACUAACCCGAGGGUCAUCGAUGACGCCAGGGCGAGGAAGCUCUCCAACGACCUGAAACGGUGCACGUACUACGAGACGUGUGCUACAUAUGGGCUGAACGUGGAGAGGGUCUUCCAGGACGUUGCCCAGAAGAUUGUUGCCACAAGGAAGAAGCAGCAGCUGUCCAUAGGACCCUGCAAGUCGCUACCUAAUUCUCCCAGCCAUUCCUCCGUCUGUUCCGCGCAGGUGUCUGCUGUGCACAUCAGCCAGACAAGUAAUGGAGGUGGGAGUUUAAGCGACUAUUCCUCCUCUGUUCCAUCGACUCCCAGCACCAGCCAGAAGGAACUUCGGAUCGAUGUUCCUCCCACUGCCAACACACCCACGCCUGUUCGCAAGCAGUCCAAGCGCCGGUCCAACCUGUUCACCUCUCGGAAAGGGAGCGACCCAGACAAAGAGAAGAAAGGCCUGGAGAGUCGUGCGGACAGCAUUGGGAGCGGCCGAGCCAUCCCAAUUAAACAGGGCAUGCUGUUGAAGCGAAGUGGCAAAUCGUUGAAUAAAGAGUGGAAAAAGAAAUAUGUCACCCUGUGUGACAAUGGCGUGCUGACCUAUCAUCCCAGUUUACAUGAUUACAUGCAGAAUGUUCAUGGUAAGGAGAUUGACCUUCUGAGAACCACUGUGAAAGUCCCAGGGAAGAGGCCACCCCGAGCCACGUCGGCCUGCGCGCCCAUCUCCAGCCCUAAAACCAAUGGCCUAUCCAAGGACAUGAGCAGUUUACACAUCUCACCCAAUUCAGUUCCGCAAAUGCCAGCGAGCAAAUGGUGCUUUGAGUCACAGCUGCAAAAACCAUGCGUCUAGGCCUUCCCAGGGCUGCAUAGUGGAAAGUGAAGUUUAACAUGUGAACUGGGUUUUUAAGGGCCUUCUGAAAAACGUGAAUUAAUGUUAAAGUGUCAAAGAUUAACUCAUUUCUGAUAACUGUAUAUAUGAAAGUGGAAAAACCAUUCGGAGCAAGAUUCAGAGGAAACCACUUAACCUAUAUAAAAUGUAAAUUUUGUGUUAUUGUAUUUUAAUUAUCUGCCGUUCUUUAAUGCAACUUUAGUUCUCAGUAUUCUCUUUUAAAGGAAAUGUUUUUUUUUUCAUUCAGGAUCAGAGAAAGCUGUAUUUUCUCAAAUGUUGAUGUGUUUAGAAAUUCCUGGCCCCUGUGCCCAGUUGCCAGCCAUCCAAAAUGACAUUGUUCAUUUUAUUUACGUUUUUGCGAAUAAUUGCCCUGUGUCAUGAACCUUCCCGUGCCUGCUCAUCAGAGAUAAGGUGAAGAUCCUCUUGAGCCCUCCCAUACACACACAUACAGUCAGGCUCCUUCAACAUGGGGAAAUCCCUUCAAGAAUUUUGCAUUUUUUCCAGUGGAAAGUCCAGAACUUUCUUCUCUCCCACCUACAUCCAGUCUUAAAACAGAUUUCUGGCUAGGCGCAGUGGCUCAUGCCUGUAAUCCCAGCACUUUGGGAGGCUGAGGCGGGUGGAUCGCCUGAGGUCAGGAGUUCGAGACCAGCCUGGCCAACCUGGUGAAACCCUGUCUCUACUAAAAAUACAAAAAUUAGCCAGGCGUGGUGUCGGGUGCCUGUAAUCUCAGCUACUUGGGAGGCUGAGGCAGAAGAAUCGCUUGAACCUGGGAGGCGGAGGUUGCAGUGAACCGUGAUUGCACCACUGCACUCCAGCCUGGGUGACAGCGAGACUCUAUCUCAAAAAAAAAAAAACAGAUUUCUCUCCUACGAGAGUUUCUGGUCUUUAAUGCUGCACUUUCCUCUUCUGAAACAUCAAGUGCUUUUAAAGAGGGAUGGUACUGACCGCCUGGUUCUGAGGCAUGAACGACACUGGUAGGUGAGAGCAAGAUGGUACAGAGGAGUUCAAAUUUGGGUCCACCAUCCUGGGCUCCGCUGCGCAGUGUUAGGCAGUCACUGAGCUGGUUCUUUCCCACCACAUUGGGGUGCUCUUGCCUGGCCUGCCUGUGUUGCAGGGGGGCAGUGUCAGAGGAGACAACAUGAAAGUGCUGGGAAAGCUGGAUACAAACACAAGCUGUUGUUUCUAAUCAAAAUUAAAACUGGCUUUAUGCUAAAGGAGUCUUUAGUGCCUCCCAAAAAAGUGAUAACAGUAUUUUUACAGGGGCUUCUAUGACCUGCCAACCUUUCUUCCAAGACAUCCGUGAGAUUUUUCUUAUUAGAGCGGUGUGCUAACUAUGGGAUGGGAAGAGAGAAAAGAAGGGCACAAGAAAGAAAAAAACAAUCCGUAGUGAGUAAAAUGCUGAAGGCUUUAUUGCAUUAGUACAUUACAUAAACUCUUGCAUUUAUUCAAAAAAUAUCUAUAGGCCGGGUGCGGUGGCUCACGCUUGUAACUCCAGCACUUUGGGAGGCCAAGGUGGGUGAAUCACCUGAGGUCAGAAGUUCAAGACCAGCCUGUCCAACAUGGUGAAACCCCAUCUCUACUAAAAAUACAAAAAUUAGCUGGGUGUGGUGGUGCGUGCCUGUAAUCCCAGCUACUCAGGAGGCUAAGGCAGGGGCAUCGCUUAAACCCAGGAGGCGGAGGUUGCAGUGAGCCGAGAUCACACCACUGCACUCCAGCCUGCGCGACAGAGUGAGACUCUGUCUCAAAAAAAAAAAAAAAAAUGUAUCAAGCACCUAUUUUGUGCCAGAAAUUGUGCGCACUGUAGAUAUGGAGUCCCUAACCUCUAGAAUUCUUCCAUUUCCACCUCCCCUUCUGACCCAUCACAUCUAGUCAUCUAGUUAUUUAAGUCAACAAGCAUUUAUUGAGUUUCAUUUUUAUAAUUUUAAAUUGAUAAAAAUGUAUUAAAUAGAAUUAAUUUAACUUAAAUAAAAAUUUAUUUAUCUUUGUAACAUGGUGUUUUGAAUUAUGUGUACAUUGUGGAACGGCUAAAUCAUGCCAUUCGUGGAGUUUCUAAUGUGUGCCUGAGACACAGUUCCCGCCCUCAAGAAUCUCCCCUGUUGUUGGGGAGAAAGACAAGUAGAUGGAGGCCGCACGGAGCCACAGGCCCCAGGAGGGCUGUGUAAAGGGCAGGGCUUGGAGACCCAGUGAUGCUGCGGUCGGCUCCCCAGGAGGUGGGCCAGGCUUCAAGGAAUAGGGGAUACCUGCUGAGUUUGAAUAAAGGAUAGGAAUUUGCGAGGCACACAGAUAUGAAGGAGGGGCACCAAUUCUGUGAAGAAGUGUUCACUGUGUAAAAGUAGGAUUUUGAACUUCCUAAUCUUGAGACUUAGUUCCUUGGAGCCAAAUACCACUUUUGUCCUAAGGGAAACACUAAUGUGUGAUUAUAAGUAGAUAAUACAAAGGCCCUAUAAACCGUACCAUAUUUGAUGGUGUUGGCUGUUGCAUGGGCCUUUCUCUUUGAGGGAGUGAGUUGUGUGUCCUUGGAAGGCAUUUCCCAUUGCCCAGUUUCAUUCUCUUUAAGAGCCCCUGUUGGGCAAAUGGGAGGGUUGCGACGAGAUUGAAAUUCCUUUUCCAUGGUCACAGCCCUCAGUGUGUAACAGGACAUCUCCGCAACCCUCAAACAGGUUAAUCCCACACAGGUGCCUGGCUGACUUUCCCUCUUCUCUGGAUUCCAACUAGGGAUAGAGAAGUGGGGGUAUGACCUUAGCACAAAGGCGUUGCCACUUUGGGAAGAAGAAAAUGCCUCGUGGCCACAGCAGUGCUAAGGGAAGUGGCACGCUGACCAAGCAUGCGGGUGCAGUCAUCAGCUGGUGUGCAGCAGGAGGGCACAGAUCCUCAGAUGGCAGCUCCCUGUUGAUUGCUCAGCUUCAUUCUUGGGUUCUAAGAAUAAGCCAUGGGCGGAGGCACUUCUGUAAGAGGAAGCAGCUUCAUUAAAAUCUUGGGAAAUUUUAAUUUGCAUUCACCUCCUCUAAACGUGAACAUGAAUCUGUAAAGUGAUACAUUCUUUCUUGCUUAAGGAAUUAAAGCGUUUGGGGAUUUGAGUUUUUAUACUCUUUGAAAAUUGAGUUUCUUGUGUCUAAAAUCAUCAUUCACAAAAUGUCCUCUCACCUGAGGAAUUCCAACACAGCAAAUUCAAUCUGAAAUAGAUUGAGGCUACAUUUCAGAGACGGACUUCCAGCUAAAAAUUGGUAUUAGAGAGCUGUUUUUGCCAAAAAAUUGAAUACUUAACCUUAUUCUUCACUCCUGACUCAUUUGUUUUGUCUCAGUUCUGGGUGAACUGGAGGGUUUUCUUUCUUUGUAUUUUCAUUUUUGUAUUCAUUUUCUUAAUGUGAUUGAAUUAGAUCAACAUUUUAUGCCUUCUCUUCUCAUAACUUGCAUUCACAGAGACCUGAUAUAUGUAUGAGCCUAAAUCUUUGUGGAUAACACUUAUUAUUGCUUUGGAAUAACUGUCCAUAUAUGGAAUGAUUCAUUCGGUUGGUAUAACCAUUUACAGGGUUCUUGAUACACAUUUCCAAAUUAACUUCUAAAAGUUUUUACAUGAAAACUCUUCCCAUCCAUAGCCAUCACCCGUUUCACCUCACACACUUGCUAAUGCUACUAAUAUUAUUGUUAGAAUUUAUGCUAAUCUGAUGAGCCAUAAAAAUACCUCAUGUUUUGUUUAUUUGGAUUUCUUCAAUCGGUAAUGAAGUUGAACAGCUCACAUGUAUUAGCUGUAUGUAUUUCUUAACGUUGUAAUUAAUUGUUUAGGUAUAUCUUUUGCCCAUUUUUGCACUAGGUUCUUGUCUUUUUCUUGUUGAUAUCUAAGAACUCUUUGUAUAUUUAGGGUAUGAAUAUAUUUUGCAGGUAUUUCCCCAGUUUAUUAUUUGCCUUUUAAAUUUUAUGCUCUUCUUUACAUGAAAAGGUUUUCCCUCUUUUUUAUUUAUAAUCAGAUUAUCUUUUACUGUUGUGAUUUCUACUUUAAGCUAUUUAGAAAGCCUUUCAUAAUCUUGAAACCAGAUCAGAGUUUAUAUAUGUAUACUUCUAAGUUUUAAUUUUAUUGUUUUUUUCCCUUAAAAAAUACAUGUAUGUGUUUAUGUGUGUGAAUAUAUGUAUAUGCAUAUAUAUCUGUAUGUAUGUGUGUGUAUACAUGUAUAUGCAUGUAUUUAGCCCCUAAUCCACCUUUAAUUUGUUUGUGUCUAUUGUGUGUGACAGAAAUCUAAUUGAAUUUUUUAUUCAAAUAAAUAAUCAACUGUCCUUUUUCUCUUUGUUGAAUUUUUUUUCUUUCCCUAUUAAUUCCAUAUGUUGCCUUUGUUGUAGAACUCAAUCACUUCAUCAAAUGGGCUGUGUUUCUGGCCUCUCAGAUGUGUUCCGAGACCUGGUAUCCCUGCAUUGUCUUACCUUAUGUAGAUUUACCACAGUGUCUUAGAUGUAUGACUCCAUUUGUAUCUGGUAGUGUAACACAGUUGAAUAUUUCUCUUUUAUCUUCCAGUUUUUCUUGGCUACUGCUACCUGCUUAUUUUUCUCAAAUGAACUAAAGAGUAACUUGAAACCUUCUCCUCCUUGAUCAAAAUAAUCCCCUCAUUGGUGCACAUGACAUCAGGACCUCCUGAGGCUGAUACGGGCAUGUAAAUAAAAUAAUGAAAAUAAUUCUAUCAUGGCUUUUAACUGGCAUUGCUUUUAAGCUAUGAAUUGUGGAGGAAGUGGCAUCUUACUGUGUUGAGUUCCUUAUCGUGGAACACUAUUCUUUCCUAAUUUAUUCAGAUUUGUAUUAUAGCCUCCAGCAAAGUUCAGCAUUUUUUUUUUUUCAUUUAGAUGCUGGACAUGUCUUGUUAAUCUAUUCUGUUUAUAAUUUUUGGUGUAUUGUGAAGCUAAUCUUUUUUAGAGGGGUGGGUCUGUUAUGUCAUCUAAUUGGUAAGAAAUAAGAACACUCCUAAUUUUUGUAUUUUCUAUAUUCAGCCAUCUUGCUGAACUCUUGUUAGUUGGAAUAGCUAUUGGAUGUUUCUGUUGAUUCUCUAGCACACAGUCAUAAUGCAUUCCAUAUUUCAAAUACUGUAAUGCCUAACUGUAUGCCACCAGUUUACUGAUACAGAGACUGGAUUGUGUUGCCUCCUGUGCCAUUCAUCUCCAUCGUUAUUGAGUCUGCUGUAUGCCCACCCUUGAUUAAUGCUCUGGAUAUUGGGGUGGGGGGAGGACAAGACGUGUCUCCAAGAGCCUUACACUCAAGUGGGGGUGGAGGAGUCCAAAGAUAAACACACAAGUAAGAUCGUUGUAAGGAGUGAUAAGUGCUGAAGGGACACAUGGGGCAAUUGAAUAGAAAAUACCUGGAGGGGCUCGGGGGUGGGGUAUUCCUAGCAUUUGGGAAGUGAUUUGCCUGUAUUGAAAUAGUGACUACAUUUCACACUUUAAAAUGCUGGAAAUGUGGUCAUCUUCAUGUCAGUUUUUGCCAUGGGCUUUGGAGAGAGGAAGAAACACGCACUGUCAGAGCAGCUGCCUUGUGCACUGCUGAUGACUAGGCUCAGACCACCCUCUGGGGGUCAUGCAUUGAGGAGAGCAGAGGAGCUGCAAUGGUGAUGGGGUGGCUCUGGGUUCCUUGUGGCGGUGGUGGAGUUCAGGAGUGGGCUGGGGCACAGCAGCAGGCUGUGCAACGAAAGCAAGGAGAGCUGGCCAGUGUUGUCCCUGCCACUGACACCCCCAAGAGAGCAUGCAUCGGAACAGGCAGCAUGCCUAGGGAGAGCAGAACCUUUUGAUGUGGAUGCUGGUGCUCCAAAGAGGAACAGAGAUCAUUGUGAAACUCAAACAUCCUCAGUCUCAGGAAGAGAAAGAAAUGGAGAGGCAAGGCAGCCCUGACCGUAGGUGGUAUGAAGUGCACCAGCCAGCUCACAGCCCCCCACAUGGUAGGUCUAAAUGAAACCCACCAGUCAGCAUGGGCCAUACACCUGCUCAGAGCCCACAACCAGCCUUCUGGUUGGCCAAGGCUGCAGAGAAAACCCCUUCAUCUGCCUUAUCAACCCACAUGCUCUUAUUCGUAGAUAAUGGACAAUGAAGAUGUUUGUGGGAACCAACAGUAAAAUGUGAAGGAUAACUGAUCUUAGGAAAAAGAGUGACAUUUUGGUGAAAGAGAAUUUAAAAGGAAAUUAUAACUCCUAUCAACAGAAGAAUUUAAUAGGUUAGUUAUUAAUGAUACUCAUAAAAUGAGGCAAACAGAGAGCAUGCGUUUGGCUGGGUGUGGUGGCUCAUGCCUGUAAUCCCAGCACUUUGAGAGGCUGAGGCAGGUAGAUCACCUGAGCCCAAGAGUUCAAGACCAGUCUGGGCAACAUGGUGAAACCCUGUCUUUACAAAAAAUGCGAAAAUUAGCUGGGCAUAGUGGCGAGUGCCUGUGGUCCCAGGGGAGGCUGAGGUGGGAGGAUAGCUUGAGCCCAAGAGGUCAAGGCUGCAGUGAGCCAUGAUCAUGCCACUGUACUCCAGCCUGGGCAACAGAGUGAGGCCUGUGUCAAAAAAAUAAAGAGUAUGUGAAAAUACUAUAGGAGAAAGAGUUUUAUAAAUAAAGAUUGCAAAAAUAAAAAAUUCAGUAGAUAAAUACGGUAAAGAACAUGGCUAAAGACAUGUUGGUAGUCAAAGAUAUAACAGAAGAAUAUAUAUGCUAGAAGCAAGGAAGGAUAUCUGAAGAGUCAAGUAUCAAGUUGGAUGGGAGAGGAGGCUCUGCAAAAACACAAAUAAAAUCUUAAAACACACCAAAAAUAGGAGAACAACAAGGUUACCUACAAAAGAAGAGAAAUCUGACUGUAGACUUCUCAAGAGCAACAUGCAUUCUUAAAUAUAAUGGAAAUAUUCCCUCCUAAGGACAAAUAAUUCUGAACCUAGAAGCCUAUGCAAAGACAACUACUAAUCAAAUGAAGACAGAAAAAAAGACAUCUUUAGACGACAUACAGGGCUAUACAACAUCUCCAUCUUAAAGGGUUUUGAAAAAAUUACUUAAGGGUCUACUCCAGAAAAAAAAGAAGCAUCCAAAAGAUAUUCAGGCCUGGUUAAACCUUCCCUUCCUCAUUCAAGGUCACUGGCUUCUCAAGAUGUGCAUGACCAUUAUCCACUUCCAUUCUUUUGGCCUGGAACUUACAUUGUCUUAAGUUGCCAUUCUAAUGAGGAUCCACCAGAAGCCACAUUUUGGAGAAUCUUCCCAACUUGAAUUUCAGUUGUAGGUCCAGAGAAGGAGGUAAAACGUCAAGGUAUUUUCUGACGUGAAUGUUUGGCCAGCC